CAGAGACACACUGACCAUCACAGACGGACACCAGUGGACUAAACUCUACCUCCAGCUUCUGUUGAACCGCUUCACCUGCGAGAGGAGAAUGGGACUGCACAGUGUCGAGGAGCUGGUGACCGGCAAGAGGUCAGAGGGCAAAGAGUCGGAUGACUUCAAAGGGGGCGUGUACGAGGCGGCUGUCAAUCAGGAGAAACGCGAUGACCGCAGGUCCCGCGGAGACCUGGGAGUGGGCGGAGCUCUGCCAGAGGAGAGCGACAGCGGCAGCGAGCAGGAGGAAGUCAGCGUCGCCGCUCUCAAUACGGAUAACAGCGGCCGGCUGAAGCUGGAGACGGUGGACGACCUGUUCAACAUCCUGCAGCUGAGGAAGAGGAGGAGAGAGAGGAAGACGCCCGUCCACAAGAAGCAGCAGCAGCAGCAGCCGGAGCCUGUGCCAGAAACUGUGGACGAGGAGUCGUUCCUGACAGCGGCCAUGGAGAACAAGCUUCCUGUGGUGGAGAAGUACCUGAGUGACGGAGGAAACCCCGACGUAUCCGACCACUUCCAGAGAACAGCUCUGCACAAAGCCUCGUUCAAAGGUCACAUGGAGGUCAUGAGAAGACUCCUGGAGGCCGGAGCUGCCAUCGAGAAAAAAGACAAGCUGGAGGCCACAGCUGUCCACUGGGCCUGCAGAGGAGGCAGCCUGCCGGCCCUGCAGCUCCUGCUCGACCAGGGGGCCAAGUUCACCUCCAGAGACAAGCUGCACAGCACUCCUCUCCACGUCGCCGUGAGGACGGGACACUGCGAGUGCGCCGAGCAUCUCAUUCACUGCGGAGCGGACGUCAACGCCAAAGACAGAGACGGAGACACGCCCAUGCACGACGCCGUGAGAAUAAACAGAUUCAAGAUGAUCAAACUGCUGAUGAUGUACGGAGCCAGUCUCAACACCAAGAACAGUGAUGGAAAAACUCCGCUGCAGACUCUGUAUUCGUGGCAGAGCGGAGCGAAGAGCCUCCUGUGCAACUUCAACCAGGAGAAGACCGACCAGUAAGAACCCGGCAGAAGCAGGAAGUGGCUGCCGUGGGAGAAAAAGGCGGAGUCUAUCAUUUCCAUACUGAGGCUCACGGAGCACAGCUCUUCCUCUUCACGUCUGUUCACACACAUUCAAACUGUGGCACGUUAACGCUCCUCCUCCUGGUUCAAGGAUCCGAACCUGAGUCUGUUCCCUGCUGCUGUUGUUAAUAAUGUGAUUAUUACCGCUGAUUGAUUCAUUGAUCGCCAAAAUAUUGCUGGACAAUGUCUCGUGAAGAUGUUUUUUUUCUUUUUUCUUCUUAAUUUUUACUUUAAGCUGAGGUGAAGUCAGCGACGCUGCAUCCAGAAGAUGACCUAUUUAUUGAUUAAUGGCAACUGUCAGCAAUGGAUUUAUCGGGUUUGAUUGAUUUAUUUCAACAGGAAACUCUUAAUAAGUGAGUGACUGAUUGUCUAGAGUUAUAAUGUAGUUCAUGACUUGUAUAAAGUGACUCCAGCUCAGUGUGAGAAGCUGUCAAAGGAGGGAGGAGCCUCCUCUGGCUGGUAGAUGACGUGUGUUGUUAUACUUAAACAUUCAGACCAGUUUCACCAAGUUUAUUUGGUCUUAUGUGUUUGAGGAUUGAGAGAUGAGACAGGAUGAAGGAAGUUUUUGGAUCAGGUUGAAAAGAAUCUCUCCACUUACAGAUUAUUCAGCCGUGUUUUUCGUUUCUUUUCGCCGUGGAUCUUCUUCUCCUCAAACCUGGAGGCUCAGAUUCAGCUUCUGUGUUGAGGUUUGGUCGAGACAACCUUCAGACAAAAGUUCAUCUUGGUCACAUUUUCCCAGUUUCUUCCACCGGCGCUCGACGUGAGCAGCUGGGGUCAAAACAAUUUAUCCAAGGUCGCCUCGGUGAUACAGCGAGAGCUUCGACUGGCCCCCAGCUCUGACCCUGACGUCCCAGCUGCCCGCACCUUUUCUUCUGCAGUGAAGAUAUUUUGGGAAUGUGGACACUUUUCUCUCCAGAGUCAUAGACGAAAACACACACACACACACACACACACACACACACACACACACACACACACACACACGAGUGUGAGAGGGGAAGAACUGAAAAGUGCCUGUUGGUUCAGAGCAUGUUUGAAAAGUGUUUAUAUGGAUUAAAUAUAUAUGAUAUAUGAAAGAUAAUCUGAUUUAUUUUUUAUUGUUGAAGAUGUUUGUACAUUUUGACUUGUAUUUAUGGAUUGACUGAAUAAAAGAUUUUGAACUGAAACUGUUUCUGGUGC